AUGUCAAUUUUCACGUGGAACUUGAUUUCUACGGGCAGUCUACGAGAUCUUUUGGUACAUCCUCCUGCCGUUUGGCAAUGGCAUCGGCAACGACGCUCGAAAGACCCUUGUGUGUUAUCUGCCAAGUUUAGUGCUACCUCUUUCUUACAGUCCAAAAUGAAGUUGAACAAGAUUUUUAGUGAUCAAAUUCCAGCCCUUUCUGAGAAAGAGGAAGACUUGUUGCACCAAGUCAAGAACAUCCGAACUACUCCCCGUGACAACCGUUUCCCUUCCCAGAACCAAGCUCUUCACUGCUGGAAUCGUUACAAUGAGUGGCUUGUCUGCUUGAAGCAAACUGGAGACGAUGACGAAAAGUGCCAGGCAUACAGACAAUACUCUCUCAGUAUCUGCCCUGGAAAUUGGAUUGAGAACUGGGAUGAGGCCCGAGAGGAAAACCGCUUCAUGGGUGUCAAGAAAUAA